AUGGCUCCCAAGAAGAAGGAACAGCAGAAGAUGUCGCUUGGCGACUUCCUGCAGGACCAAAGCUACGGAGGAUCGUGGGCAGAUGAGGUCGAAGAUACUUACAGCACUCAGGCACUUCCUCCUCCCGAGCGAGCUGGCUACCGACCCACCGGAGGUGGUUGGGGCAGCAGUGGCGGCGACCGCCCCGAACGCAGGGACUACGGAGGCUACUCUUCCAUCCGCGAGAACCUCCCCCAGACGCUUCCCGACAAGCCUCCCUAUACCGCUCAUCUUGGCAACCUGUCCUACGAUGCCACCGUUGACACCGUCACUGAGUUCUUUGAGGGAUGCAACAUUAUCAACGUCCGUAUUAUCGAGGAUCGUGAGCAGCAGCGCCCCAAGGGUUUCGCCUACGCCGAAUUCCAAGACGUUGAGGGCUUGAAGCAGGCCUUGACUCUGGAUGGCCAGUCCUUCCAGGGCCGCGUUAUCAGAAUCAAGGUUGCCGAUCCUCCUCGUGGCGGCGACCGUGGUGAAUCGACCCGCGACUUUGGCGACUGGACCCGCAAGGGCCCCCUUCCCGACCUCCCCGGACGUGGUGGAAACGACCGCCGCGGCUCUGACUUUGGUGAGCGCCGUGCCCCUCGCGAGCCCCGCGAGCCCCGUGAGGACGAUGGCAAGGUCCGUGACUUCGGUAACUGGGAGCGCAGAGGCCCUCUUUCUCCUCUUCCCCAGGAAGAGUCCGGCCCCCGUGAGGGCCGUGAGGGCAGCCGUCCCCGUACUAAUGAUGGACCUCGUGAGUUCCGUAACCGCCGCGAGUCUCCUGCCGCCUGGGGUGAGGGCCAGCAGCCUCGCCAGGACUCCCGUCCUCCCCGCCCUGAGCGUGCUCCCACCGCCGCUGAGCAGGACAACCAGUGGAGAACCAAGAUGCGUCCCGACGCUGCCGCCAAGUCUGGCAGCCAGUCCCGUGACGGCAGCGAGGCUCCUCCCUCUCCCGCCACUUCUGCCGCUGCCCCCGUUGGUCGCCCCAGGCUGAACCUCACCAAGCGUACCGUGUCUGAGGCCACAGACGUUUUGUCACCUUCCGCUACCGACUCCAAGGCCAGCCCCUUCGGUGCCGCUCGUCCCAUUGACACUGCCGCGAAGGAGCGCCAGAUCGAGGAGAAGAAACAGCAGCUGCUCAAGGAGAAGCGCGAGGCUGAUGAGAAGGCUAAGGAGGAGCGCCGUUUGGCCAAGGAGGCUGCCGCUAAGGAGGCUGCUGAUAAGGAGGCUGCCGACAAGGCCCAGGAGGAGGCUGCCAAGGCCAACAGCGAGAAGAAGGCUGCCGAGGAGGCUCCCAAGGAGGAAUCUGAGCCGGCGAAGGAGGGCGCAGAGAGCAAGGCCGAUGGCGCUUCCGAUGCCCAGAAGGCCCAGCCCAAGGAGCCCCGUGAGAACGCCAAGUCUCGUGCCAACGAGAGCAACAACUGGAGAUCGGCAUCCUCUGGAGAAAGAGGCCCUCGUGGCCCCCCUACUGGACCUCGCCGUGGCGGUCCUGGCGGCCCUCGUGGUGGCCGGUUCGAGGGUGGUGCCCGCCCUCCCCGCUCCAACGGCGGGCCUGCCGCUUCUCAGCAGCCUUCCACCCCCGCCGCUGACGGCGAAGCUGCUCCCGUCGAAGACGAUGGCUGGACUACGGUUCCCAACAAGAGCCGGCGCAACGUUGGCCCUCGUGGCACUGCCUAG